AUGGAGAAAUCAUUGCCUGGAUUUGGCUCACGUCACGUUGAAUCCCAGUUUCACAAAAUAGACAUUCUUAGACUAACUUCUGCUGCAGUCCUCUUAAAACCCUCCUCUCUUACCUUCCCUGACCUCCCCGCUAAAUUCGCUCUCAGUCUUAAUGGCUCUCGCGUUUGUGGAUCGUUACACGUGGCAAACCCUCCCAACGCUUGUCCUCCGCUACUCAACCGCUUCGAAUCCAAUGGAACUAAGGGAGGAAUUAGGUUUGCGUUGAUAAUUAGAGGCGAAUGUGCUUUUGAAGAUAAGAUUAAGAAUGCGCAAAGUGCUGGUUUUCGUUCUGCGAUUGUUUACGAUGAUAAAGACAACAGGAAUUUGAUUUACAUGAUGGUGAACCCUGAGGGAAUCAAGGUCCAUGCGGUUUUUGUUUCGAAGUAUGCUGGUGAAAUAUUGAAGGAGCGUGCACGAGGGAAAGAAGGGGAAUGUUGCAUUUAUACAUCUCAUAGUGAUGCAGCAUGGACCGUGUUGGCAAUAUCAUUGAUUUCUGUUAUAGUUAUUUUAGGUUUCCUUAUCAUCGCUUUUGUUACUCCCAGAAACUGGUUGUAUUGGCGACAGAUGAAUGCUCGUUGUAAAAGUGUGGAUAGUAAGAUGGUUGAAGCGCUUCCAUGCUUCACAUUCCGAAAUGCUAGUUCGAGUCAGUGUCAUGUUGGUGAAACUUGUGCUAUUUGUCUUGAGGAUUAUAAAGAUGGGGAAGUUCUUAAAGUUCUCCCUUGUCACCAUGGUAGGAAUUUGCUCUUAUAUUUCUAA